CAUCCCUGGCCGCCCGACCUCCCCCUCCAACGACAAAACGUCCGAGCGAAUCUUCACCGCAACCCGAGCUGCCGAGCGGGUCUUCGAAAACAGGCGUCCCCGCGACUUCAUCUGUCUCCUCCCUCUCGGCCAUCUGCUUGCUGGCACGGCCCUGGGGCUGUUUGUACUUGUGCUCUGUGAUCGUUUCGAGAUUUGGACUUUCCGGCUCCCGGCCGAAGCUUUGCAGCGACAACCGCUUGCCAUCGGCUCGUUGCUCUUCAGCCCAUCUGUUCUCUGGCUCCCCAUAUCCGUCGGCACGUUUUUUCUCAUCCGCUCUCUCCUGUUUCGGCAGCCACGACCACUUGUCCAAAUCGAACCCCCCAUCCUUCGCCCUCCACGUCUAGCUGUCACCAUGACGGACCAGGACCUCGAUGCCACUCGCCUCCCUCCCUUGGCUCUCAACGCCGAGGGAGCAUCCGCCUUCGACCCAUAUAUCUUUGCCCUGCUGCACCACGAUGUGCCGCUCUUCCUCCAAAGCAAUAUUGAAUCGGUAUCCUGCCCGCUGCCCGUGCCAUUCCAAUACCGUAUCAUGAAGCUCAUCACCGAGAGGAUCGUCUCGCUUGAUCCCUCUGUGGCGGAGCUUUCUCGGACGCUUUUCUUCUCGGGGCACGGCAACAACGCCGAUCAUUUCCUGGAUGUCUCUUCGGAGUCGAACCUCGUCGAUCCGGGCCAUGCUGAGGUCGAGUACACAGGCAAACCUUGUGGGAAGAUGUUCAAAGCUGGCGACAUGAUAUAUCGCUGCGCAACCUGUGCAUAUGACGGCACCUGCGUGAUGUGCUCCGUCUGCUUCCACUCGACCGAUCACACCGGCCACGACACUAGCUUUCACGUUUCGAGCUCGGGAGGGGGAUGCUGUGACUGCGGGGACUCGGAAGCAUGGCGAAUCGAUCUUGGCUGUCCUUACCACUACCCCAAUCCCGAAUAUUCUGCCGGCCCCGCCGGAGCAGAUCCGAACACGCAUUCACAAAACGCGAUAACCCCACUCCCCAAGGAACUUGUCGGGGCAAUGCGCGCAGUGUUGGCAUCCAUCAUCGACUACAUCAUCGACUCCUUCAAGGACUCGACGACGCAUUCCGAGAUGGACCUUGAAGCCAUCAAGAACGCACACCGUGACGAGAUCGAGAUGGUGGAGCGCUCUCUGCAAACUGCGCAUCCUAUGGAGGCCCCUACAUAUGCGUGCAUUCUCUGGAACGACGAAUAUCACUCAUUUCAAGAUGUGAUCCAGGUUACCGAGGCUGCGCUUCACAUUGACGAAGCCGCUGCCCAGGCGAUUGCCGAGGCGGUCGAUGCAUACGGUCGUCAUAUCGUGCGCACAUCACCCGAUAUCUCCUCGCUGAUCACUGCCGGAACCCUAAUGGCUCGGAUCAAACUCGGCGUCACCAUCAGGAGCGUCUGCAAGACCGUCCGCGAAGAAAUCUCCGCCAUCAUCUUGAUGUGGCUCAAACUGAUGCUACAGCGGCUUCCAAGCGCUCCACAGAGGAUUGGCCAGGUUCAGUACGAGUCCAUCAAGGCUGUAUUCAUCCAGGUCUUUUGUGAAGAACUCUUGAAGAAGCCCAUGCGCAAUCUUUCGCCAUUCAAAGGCAGGGUGCACGAUCUUCCAGCCGACAUCGGCAAUGUCGUUCGCCAAGCCAGCCCAGCAGACGACUCGUCUGUGGAAGCCUCCGAUGCACUCAUCCUCAUGCCGAUCACGAGCCAGCGCAUCGACCACUUUUUCCAGCUGGACAGCCUGCUGUGGAAAAAGGUGCGGCUUGUCCUUCGCGAGCUGUACAUUUCCACGUUUGUCGUGUCGGGCGAGGACACCAAGCGCCAAUUCGGUGUUUUGUUUGCGCGCAACUAUCUUAGGCUAGCGUCUCUGUACCUUCUGAACGAUCGCGAGUUCGACAUAUCCAUCAUGAACCUCUCGGUCCAGCUCUUCACCGUCCCAACGCUCUCACAGCACCUGCUGGCCAACACCAAGUUCUACAAAACCUUGAUAAGCAUCCUCAAAGCCUGCUGCCUGAACGAAAUAGUAGGAUCUCCGCAGGACGGUCAGUUCAUUGACUUUGUCAAUGCUUGCAGCCAAACCUAUCUGCCGUACUAUCCCCGCUUGCCGUGCGAGAAGGAGCUGUCGGACAAUCGUCGUAUGUGGCAUAUUUAUCACGACAUCAAAUACUUGAUUUCAUCGGCUGGUGCGAAGGAAAUCUUCCGACGCCAGAGCAGCGAUCUUGAGUGCAGUCUCGAUCUGUACACCGUUUGGCAGGGACUCAACCCGCAGAGCCGUCAGACGCUCCGCCAUGUGCUCUAUGAAAGCAGCGCCUGGAUCACAGCGUUCAACAUGAGUGCUCAGUCACACAUCCAAACGAAGCUCGCCGCCCAGUGCUUCGAACCGAUCCCCACGCAGAGCAUGCGCGACAAUUUCCGAUGCUUGCUCGACGCCAUCAUACGGACGAUUGGCCGCGUGGCGUCGUGGACGCUAUUUGAUCACCAAGUCUUUUUGGAGCAGCAAGCCUCUGCCCUCAGAGACGAGCGCAUCACCCACGGCUUCCAUCACGUUAGCUUGAAGGGCCUACCUAUCAGCGCACAUGUGCCUUACUUUCUAGUCGAGCAGUUUCCGGUCUCGCUGCACCAUCCUCUCCACUGGUUCUUGUCGUUCUUGUUCAAGCAUCUCGGCCCGUGUCUCCAGCAAAUCUCUUCCGAAGAGGAGGCGUCAUGGAUGCCCUGCUCCAGGACCGAGAUCUGGAAACGUGUCUUCCAGAUCGCCGCGAUCCAGCUCAAUCCCGAGCAUUUGGUCCCCCAGUCCGGCAACCACCCCCCAUCUUCCCAGUCGCCCGGCCUCCAAGAAAUCUAUCCAAAGACAAAUCCCCAAUCGCUCCUGCACACCUUGGCGGAUCAGAAGCGACUGCUGCUGUUGGUGGAUUACUCGAUUCGAUCGACCGUCUUCAUCACCCAGAUUCGGGCCAACAUGUGGGUCCGCAACGGUGCAAACUCCAUGUUCCCGCAGGCCAUCCACUACGGCAGCGAUUUGCUGCGCGAGUGCUACGACAUGGAUCUGUUCCUGAUCCAGAUCGGGUCCCUGCUUUUGGAGCCGUCAGUGUUUGUGCUCAACAUCCUGGACCGGUUCCGAAUCCUGCGAUGGCUCAACCAGUACGGCACCUAUCCUGAUCUGCGGGAUCUGCAGACCGCAACUAUACCCGAAUCCGUCUUCAACGAGCCGCAGGAAAGCUUGAUCCGAUUGAUUGCCGAGGAGCUCGUCUUCUUCUUCAUUACGCUGGUAUCGGAGCGGUCGCUUGCCAGCAACCUCGAUCUCCGGUCGCAAGCCGAACGCGAGCUUAUCCACCUGCUCGCCACCAAUCCAAACGGACUCCCAUAUUCCAAGAUCACCAAAAAGACCCCUGAUCGUUUUUUGAGCAUUCACGAAACGAUCCCGAGCGUCCGAUUCGACGAUAUUCUGUCCUCGCUGGCACGUUUCACCUACCCAAUGUCCGUCGAGGACAAGGGCAAGUACACGCUCAAGGAGGAACACUACCAGCAAGUUGAUCCCUAUUAUUGGCAUUACACGCGCAACCAGCGCGAUUCGAUCGCCGAGGUUCUGAAGCAUGUUCACAAAAGCCAAAUGGACCGAGUCGGUGCCACGUCCGGCAGCGCACAGGUCUAUGGAGGCUCGGGCCGCCUCACCUACUGCGUCGACGAACUGUCGUUGCCUGUGCUGCGCAAACUUGAUCCCUCGUCAGGACUGGCCCGCUUGGGUGACUUUGUGCAUGAUCCCAUAUUCGUCGAGAUGCUCCGGGUCAUGCUGCUCAAGUACACGAUCGAGUCUCGCCGAAAUCAGAGCAUCAAGCCCAGCGACACGAUCGUCAACGAGCUGAUCCAUAUGGCACUGAUUGCUGUGAUGAUGGAGACUGAAUCCGGCCCUCGUGGGUUCUCCAAACAUGCCUCUGGUGAAAGCUCUCAAGACUCGGAUCGCAGCACCGGCUUGCUCAACGGCGAUUCACUACUCGGCCUCUUGCUGUUCUUGAUCGAGGAUGGCGCCCUCGAAGAUCAGCUCUCCCGCAUCAAGUUUAUCGUAUCCUCUGUGGCCGCAAUGGAAGGCAAUAUCUCUGGUCGAGCGCUUGUCGACAAGUGGCUGGAGGAGCUGGCUCAGAAAGAACUCGAGGCAUCAAGGCUACGAUUGGCCGCCUCUGCCGGUGCUGACCCGGGCGUCGGCCUGGGAGGCCAUCCUGGUGCCGCAUCAGGACAGAGUGAGCAGAAUCUCUCUUCCGCCAACGCCAGCACUGCAGGCGGGUCCGAGGUGCCGCUGAGCGAAGCUGAAAAGAAACGACUUGCCGCUAAGGCGCGACAAGCCGCCUUGUUGGAACAAAUGGCGAAACAGCAGCAGAGCUUUGUCGAAAUGAAUCGUGCUGACUAUGACGACGGCGACGACGAUGGCAGCGACGAUGGGAACGGAGACGACGCCAUGUCUGCUGAUGCCGAGCCCCGGAUCGACCGGGUCGCGAUGCUCGAGGGCGACCACUACCACACCCGUGAGUACAAGUUCCCCACGGGCAACUGCAUCGUCUGUCAGGAGAAGACCAAACCCGGCGGCCCGCUCUAUGGCCUGCUCGGAUUCAUCCAGCCAAGCCGGAUCCUGCGCCAUGUCGACUUCCAUCAAACUAGCACAAUAACGCAGGCUCUGGACAUGCCAGCGUCGCUCGAUACCCCGCAGCGCAGACACAUCGAGCCCGAUGGCGCCCCCCAGCGCCCCUCGUCCGCCGGUGUUGGUGCCGCCGAUGUCAAGCGACAGGGAAAGCGGCCUAUGCACGCCGACAGACGACCGGCGAUCAAAAAUGUUGCCCCUCCGCGAUCGACGUUCGGCAUGCACUCGACCACGUGCGGACAUUUGAUGCAUUCCACAUGCUUUAUGGCCUACCAACACUCGAUCUCCCAGCGAUACGCCGACGAGAUCCUGAGCGCCCGCAACCUACCCGAGAAUCUUGCCCACAAAGAGUUCCUCUGUCCGCUCUGCCAGAGUCUCGGCAACUGCUUCCUGCCCGUGAUCUGGGCCGACCGCAAGGAGCAUAUCCUCGAGCGCGAGGCAAGCACGCCUGGUCAUACGGCACCUGGAUCCCUCGAUGCCGAAAUGAGGCUGUGGUGGGAUUCCCGUCUGAGCCCCUUUGUGGCCGCGGUAGACACCCUGGAUGAAGUCGCACAGGUUACGCCACAGACAGCGGAUCCUAUGGAAGUCGAUGAGACAUCUGCGGAGCUCCUACAGCCGGAAGCUGAAAGCGGGCCCAGUACAGACGUUCCAGUCCGGCUGGGGAUCGACACGAUCAUGGAACUCGUGGAUCCGCGCGGCGAGUUCCAGCGCGGCAACGGUGCCGAUGCCGAUGCCGUCAUCGAGCGAUUUUUCGGUUCCUUGAAUCGAAUAGGAGGGCGUGCCGCGCGGGAUACGGAUGAAGAUGGAACUGAGGAUCUCGAUCUGCUCGAAGAUACGAUCCCGGUCGGAGAAACCGGCAUAACCAUCAGCUACCGCCUGGAUGAAGAUGAAGACGACGAGGGCGACGACGACGACGACGACGACAGAGAAGACACCCACAGCAUCGUCGUCCACCGCGCACCAACCACGGCCUCGGAAAGCUGCAGGAUAUUUGAGAUGUGGCUGACCAAUCCCGUCAAAUCUGUGUAUCUCGGGGUUGACCCCGGCUACAACGGCGAUAGCAUGGAGCUCAAUGAGCUCGAUCUGCUUUGGGAGCUUUUCUCUUACUCGAUUGCGGCCCUCGAAAUCGGAAGUCGGGGCGCCCCUCGAAAGGCUGCAUCUUCGCCGGGCAGUGCAACUGCCUCCACGACGGUGCCCGAAGGGGAAGGCGUUGGGGUCUUGCAGACCCUGACAGCCAACCAGACGGCCUUACUGUCCGUGCUGUCGACGUCCAUAUUGGCAUAUACAGAUGCUCUCACCAAGGUCCGAAACGUCAGUCGCCUGAAGCAAAUGGGCCGCGAUCUCGUCCGGUCCCUGUUCUAUGGGAUCGCUGUGUCCUCGGAUGCCCCAAGCGAUGCCAAUGGCCACCAGCUGCUUCCCGUCCUCAUGGAAGAUUCCUUUUCGACUCUCGUCGAGAUCUCAAUGGCGGCUGUUCCACUUGCGGAGCUUGGAACUGAAGAGGAUGUCUUCAACUGGGUACGAACCUUCUGGAUCAUGGAAGUAACCAAGUGUGCGAUUGCGGUGAUUGAGAGCGUGGGUCUGCGCGACGAGCCGUGGAUUCGAGACGAGAAAAUUGCGCGAGUCGUAUCGGACCUGCAAGAUCCCUCGGUCCAACCGGGGGCGAGUGCCGACGGCGAUGGCGCUGCCCAAUUUAUCGACUGGAUCAUGACGACCAUGGCCGUCUCCUCCGAAGCCGUUGCCAAGGUCCGCGCCACUCUGGACGGCGCGCUGCUGAUCCGCUUCUGCAAGUCCUUUGGCUUGCCAUUCCUGCGCAAAUCCACCAUUCUGCUCGCGGCGCGAUUCGGCCUCAGUCCAUCAAGCACCUACCACGACAACUCCCCAGGUCUGUGCGAGUAUGAGCGCCUGCUCAAGUAUCUGCGUCUGCCAUCGGUGGAGCAGGUCCUUUCGCCCCACUUCACCGACGAAGAUAGUUUCCUCUCCAAGCUGAUCAAGGGUUGGUGUCUCCAUCUGACUCACUAUCGUGAGCAAAAGGCCAAGGGAGCCGCACUCGCCGGUGGACUCGAAACUCCCCCACAGCUCGGAACACCUCCGACCAGCCACCGCGCCGGUGCAUAUGCUAGACCCUCCACCAGCGCAUCCUCGUCAGUCAUGGAAGCCACCGAAACCAGCUCACGACGAUCUCUCACAGCCUCGUCGGCCGAGAGCCUGAUUGUGCUCAACAACCCAUGUGUCUUCGAGCUGUAUCCGCUGCCCAACUCGGUGUUCGAGCUUCUUUCUGAAUCCUACACAGUCAUAUGCCCCAACUGCAAGACCAUCCCAAGCGAUCCGGCCCUCUGCCUCCUCUGUGGAUCGGUUGUGUGCAGCCAGACAUACUGCUGCCACAAAAACGGCAAGGGCGAAUGCAACCGCCAUAUGGAAGUUUGCAGUGGCCAGAUCGGGAUCUAUUUCAGUAUCAAGAAGUGUGCCAUCUUGCUCUUGCAUAAUGGCACAAAAGGCGCCCUGCUCCCCUCGCCGUAUCUGAACAGCCAUGGCGAAGCUGAUAUGAACAUGACGAUUGGCCGUCCUCAGUAUCUGAACCAGAGACGCUACGACGAGAUCCGCAAGUUGUGGCUGACCCAUCAAGUCCCAGCCAUGAUUGCGCGCAGAAUCGAGGCCACUUACGACACCAACCGAUGGGAAAUGCUCUGAGGCAUUCUCAGCCACGAUCCUGGGGACCUGAGACAGCCCUGUUUCCGGCUAUCUUGACCGCUACUGGUCUCGGUCACCUCACCAAUCUCCGCCUGGCGCCCAGUGUCCAUUGCCCAGCGCCGAACAUCCUCGCUCCCGAGCGGCCAUAGGCGCUUGAUUUGACAGCACGUCGCCACCCAUCCAUCACCAACGAAGUUUUCUUGCCUGCCUUGCCAUCCGCCUCUCGGACCCUAAGUUUGUGCAAAUGGUGUAGUUUCAA